AUGUACCUCCGCACCGCCCUCCUCACCCUCGCCAGCACCACCACAACCCUCGCCGCCUUCGGCGUCACCAAAGGAAAAAACAGCAUCACCAUCGACUCGGGCGCCCCUUCCUCCUCCUCCCCUUUCCUCUUCACAGUCAACACCCUAAACUGCGACAUCACAUCCCUCAAGUACGCGGGCGAAGAACUCCAAUGGCCCGACAAAGGCUCACACAUUGAAAUGGGCCUCGGCUCCGCCACUGUCACCUAUACCACCAUCGGCACCCAGUACAUCAAGAUCACCUGUACGACGCCUACGCUCACACAGUACAUGGUUGUCAAAGCCGGCGAAUCGACCAUCUACAUGGCUACGGAUAUCACCGAGGAACCGACGAUUGGCGAGUUGAGGUUUAUAGCGAGGAUCGAUAGUGGAAAGUUGCCGCUGAGUUAUCCGUUUGGGGUUGUGUCUACGACGGCGAAUUCGACGGCGACGGUCGAGGGGUCCGAUGUUUUUGUUGUUGGGGGAGAGACGAGGAGUAAGUUUUAUUCGAGUGAGAGAUUUAUUGAUGAUGCUGUGCACUGUGUGUACCGCGAUACAAAUGCGAUUCACGCUUGUUUGCUAAUGGAUUCGUACUCGUAUGAGACAUCAGCUGGUGGACCGUUCCAUCGCGAUAUCAAUACUAACAACGGCGGUGCGUCGAAUUCUCUGACGUUCUACAUGAACAGCAAUCAUGUUCAGUUGGAAAAGUAUCGCAUGGGGAUGAAGGGUCCGUAUGCGCUUUCCUUCAGCCGGUCGAGCAUCCCCAAGGGCGGGUCAAGCAUGGACACGACAUUCUUCAAGGAUCUCUCGAUACCAAACUAUGUCCCCCCUUCAGCCCGAGGCACUGUGACAGGAAAAGCAACAGGCGUGAGUUCAAGCGCGCAAGCAGUGCUCCACUGGUACAACGACGCAGCACAAUACUGGGCGUACGCCUCUUCCUCGUCUGGAACUUUCACUUCGCCCGCCAUGAAACCGGGGACAUACACGCAGGUCCUGUACCAAGGCGAAUUCAAAGUAAAAGCCACGAGCGUAACCGUAGCAGCAGGGCGCACGACAACAGCCAACAUCGCCGCCGACACGGAGCCCAAAACCUCGCUGUGGCGCAUCGGUGAGUGGGACGGCCAACCCAAAGGCUUCCGCAACGCAGACAAGCAACUCCGCAUGCACCCGUCUGAUUCGCGCAUGGCGUCCUGGGGGCCCCUCACGUACACCGUCGGCACGAGCGCGCUCGACAGCGUGCCCAUGGCCCUCGUCAAAGACCUCAACCCCCUCACCAUUGCCUUCACCGCGAAGCAGAAAAACAGCACGUCACUCACCCUGCGCGUAGGCACUACCCUCGCGUUUGCGGGCUGCCGUCCCGCCGUCACGGUAAACACUAGUUUCAGUGCCCCCGUGCCCGCUGCCCCGACAAAGAUUGCCUCGCGCGGCUUCACGCGAGGCGCCUACCGUGGGUUCGGCGAGGUCUACAAUUACGCUAUCCCUGCCGGUACCCUCGUCGAGGGCGCAAAUACUAUUCGCAUCGCCUGUGUGAGCGGUGAGUCUGGGACGGGCUUCUUGGCUCCUAAUGUCAUUCUUGAUGCGAUAGAGUUGUUGGAGUAA